AUGGCUAUGAGAGGACCGCGUCAACCCAUUGGGUCGGCGUCGUGGAUCGCCGAGGAGAGGUCCUCUGCGCUACAGAUUGCUCAGUCGGAGGUCGAGGAGUUCUCUUUCUCGGCCAGGAACGAUGUCGACUGGCUCAAUGAGCACAUGGCGGAGAUCUUCUCAGAGAAUCAAAUAAACGUCGCCGAUAUCUUCAAAACACCAGGAAAACUACGCGGCAAGACGCCUCGAACAGCGCGAAAGGCGAACACGGCCGAGGUCCGAGUGCCACUUUCGAGUCUGUUCUCUUCGACGCCUAAGGGCACGCCGAAUCCGUUCGCCAUCCCACACAUCGACAGGAAUCAAACCCCCAAGCUGAAGAUAGCGGAGGACAGACUUCUUCCGGCAAACCCCAUCCGUGCCAGCCCUCAGAAGCAUGUUGCAUCUCCCGUUGUCGCGGCCCCGAAAACCACUAUUCCUCCUGCGGACUCUGGUUAUCAUGGAAGCCAAACGCAGGACGCCAUGGAGAUCGAUGAGCUAGCAGACGAUGUAGUUGAGCAGAUUCCUAUCGACACUCUGGCUCAGGGCAAGGAGGAGCAGAUCGCUCAGGACGAGCUGAGGCAGCCAUUACCGGAGCCCAUGGAGCAGGAAAGCCCCACACAGCCGACGCGGACUUUCCACUCUGCAAAGGAGGAGCAGACCAUGACAGCCAAGGUGUUCUCUCCCAUGCCUGCCAGGAAACCGGUGCCCAGCCCGGUAAGCCGGUAUUCACCAUCGCCGAUUCGCAUGGCCCCAUCCACCUCCCCUAAGAAAUCGUCACCUCUCAAGCCAUCAUCGCCCGUCAAGAGCUCACCUACGAAGUCCGUUGCUCCUUCAUCACCGCGCAAAGCCCCCGCAGAGGAAGAGAUGGAUGUUGAUGCUGAGGAUGACGAGGCUCAAGACGACGAUGUUAGAUCGCCCUCUGAUGGAUCGAGCCCUAUUAGGGGCGUCCUCCGCAAGAGCAGUCUGAACUUUGCGUCGCUUCCCGCUCGGGAACCUCUGACUUCGAAUAAGAGUCUUGGUGCGAGGAUGUCUAGGACGAGUCACUUGGACCAGAACCGGCAGAGUUACUAUAACCGACACACCCACGGCAAGAGCCUUGGAGUUGCUCGCGCUGAGGCUGUUGAUGACGAUGAGAUGGAUGUGGAUGAUGAUCCCACCACCACUCAAAAGUCCAUCCCACAACCUGCCGUCAACGCUGCCAAAACUUAUACACAGAGAUUGCAAGAUCGGAUCAGCAUGUUAGGUAAAUCGCAAGCGACUGACCUGAGGAUGUCUAAGCCGAUCGCAAGCCUUGCGGCAUCUCAGCCUGCAGCGAUUGCGCCGGCCCAGCCAGCUCAGCAGGUACAGCCAUUGGAAAAGACGGAGAAGAUGCCUUCUCCAUCACCUAGAAAACCGCAACAGUCCCUUGCGGCGCCUGGGGCUUUCCCGGAAGAGGAUGAUGAGGAUGAUUGGAUAGCCCCUCCCGCGUCCCAGAAGGAGACCGCCACGUCUUCGAUUCGACCUGCUCCGCUCCCCAAGAGCCAUUCUACCGAUGUUAUGGAAGGGCUACAUGGCAAGGAGACCAUCAGCGAGUCUGAUUUCGUCUUGCCUAAGCAGCGACAACCAGAGACUCUUCCAGGCUCCCCUGCGAGAAUACCCACCAAACCGGCCGGUGGUUUCGGCCACGUCAAAUCAGCAUCCGUCCCUGCGCUCCCUCAGUACAUUGGUGAUGAGCACGAUUCGGAUACUGUUAGUCUUAAGAAGACGAUCUCUGUGUCCAAUCCAACCCUCGGUACCGUGCCAGAAACGGACGGACCUGCGACCCCAUCCAAGUCACCAUCCCGAGUUUUCCGUGAUAGCCCGCUCAAACAGGUCAAAAACAAGCUGUCAUCAAUCUUGAAGAGCUCUAAGGGCCUCUUAGCUAGCAGCGCGGCCAUUAGUGCAGAGGGCAAGUCUUCCUUGUUGUCUCCAACCGGAAAGUUCGGCUCAUUUGCUGGGCCCUCAGUUGAGUCGCUUGUGCCCAGCACCACCCCGGCUGGGGAACCGAUGUAUCCCGAUCUGUCACGAGCUCAGGCUCCUGUGAGCCCCUCUCGGCCUGCCAGUCCAGCGCGCACAAUCAAUCGCAAGACGAGAGCGUCGGCUGAGCGGGAGAAGCGCGAGCAAAAGCAGAAGGACAAGGAGUCCAGAGAAGCGCAGAAAUUGGCGGAGCAGAUGGAAAAGCUCGAGAAGGUCCGCGAGAAGGAGCGUGAGAAAGCGCGCAUCUUCAGCAAAGAGCAGGAGAAGGUGGCGGCAAUGGAGAAACAGCUAGCGGCGCAAAAGGAAGCCGACGCCGUCAGCCAACCCGCUCCUCCACCUCCGGCGAAGGAUGCACCUAAGCCGACACGGACGAGUCCUCGUAAGGCGAAGCCUCAGGCCGAAUUUGAAGGAAAGACGCCUGCACCUCCUGAGAAGAAACGGCAUAACGCCGAUGCCGACAUGACGGAUGCCCAAGCAGCCAUGCCUCCUCCCACUGUACCUCGCUCUGCUGCACCGACCCCUGCCAACAGGAGUAUCAAGAGGCCAAUCAGGCCCACGACCCAGUCCGCCUCCAAAGGAAAGCAGGCUCCUACAGUCAUUCGUGUCAAUACGACGAGCUCGCAGCAAUCUCAGUUCCACCCUACAAACAGCGUCCUGUCUGCCACGCUGCAGGAUACACUUGGCUCACAGCCACAGCUCAAGAGCAAGGCCAGCUCCGCCUCGCUGCACAACAAGCCGUCUUUGCAGAGCCUGAAGAGUUCGACGACUUCGAAUGGCCGACCCAAGGCACUUGAGCUCGCGGCCAAGCGGAAAGAACAGGAGGAGCGCGAAGCUCAACGAAAGCGCGACGCCAAGGCUGAGAUGGAACGGAAGAGAGCAGCUCUCCAAGAGGAGGAGCGGAGGCAAGAGGAGCAACGGCGCCAGGAGGCGCAGCGACAGCGGGAACGUGAUCAGGCCGAGAUGAAGAAGUCCGUGAAGAGGCAGGAUAUCGAGAAGGCCAAACAAACACGUGCGCCACCUCCGGCUCCGCGCAAUCAGCCUAACGGACCUCCCGACUACAAUGCGGCUCGUAGUGAGGCUGGGCCGUCAAGACCGGCCUCGAGACUGGACUCCACCAUGCACCGGACGCAGGAGGAUUCUGGUCGCCCAGUCAAUGCUGUCCUUUCCAAUGCGAGCAAGGCACCUGUCAAACGGCCUCUGACUCAGGAAGGUAACGAAGAGGGUGCUCGACCUUGUUUCGCGCGCAAUGGCCCGUCGUUCCAAACCAAGGAGACGAAGCGUAUCCGAAUGAGUGAAGAGUUUGAUGAGGAUGAGUUGGAGAUGGGAGGGCAGCCCAGCCAGUCUCACCUUAAAGGCCCGCCUGUGCGGCCAUCGGCUGGGGUCAACAAGGGUUACAUGCCUAACAAGUCAAUAUUCCCGAGCGGAUACGGCAACGCACCGCAGUCCACUAGUGCAACGCGCGAUCUGUUCAAGGCUACUGUCACGUCGCAGCAGACCAGCCAGCCCAAGGCAGCUCGUCCUCUGGAUAUGGCACAAGUCUCCAAAUCGACCAUUCCCUUUGCUCCUAACCCCAAUGCGGCUGCGCAUGCCCACAAGACGCCGGCGCGACCCGCCGGCGCCCAGCUCGGCGCGAAGUCAGCGGCCAAAUCGGCGACGCGCUCGUCGCCGAGGAUGCCCAACGGUGAUGCUAUCGAGCUGCCUGAGAUCCAGACGGACGACGACGAUAGUGACGACGACGGCCACGUCGGGGUCGCGCCGUGGGCCGACUCGCCCGAUCUCAGGAGGGCUCUGAUGCGGCAGGAGACUGUCGACCCCAUGCAGAUCUUUGGCCCGCCUGCGCCGCUCAACAUGGAGGAGGUCUUCAGCAAGAGCAAGGACCGGUUCCACAAGUUCCGGGCGCGGACGAGCAGCGCCAACUGGAGCGGCGUCGACAGGCUGACGGAGGACGACAUCCGCAAGGACCUGGCGGCGAGGGACAAGAUGCGGAGGGACGGCGGGUGGACGUAUGAGCUCAGCAAGGAUGUCAUGUAG